GUUAUCUUCACUUGAUGACCGAUUCUGUUUGUUCAUUAGAACCUGGCUGAGAUCCAGACAUAUGUCAACAUUCUGCACCAGAUCAACCAGACCCUGCCCCUGAUGCCCAACAUGGCAGUUGGCAUCUCCGAGGAGCAAGAGAAGCUACUGGCCCAGAGGAAGGUUCCGGGCCUACAGAGCCAGCUGGAGGAGUACAAGACCGCCCUCUGUCAGCUACAGUUGCAGAAGCAGCGACUUCGGACUGAGACCACAGGGUUGGAGCAAAGCAUAAAGAACACUCAGGAGAGCUAUGAUGAUGAGAUCCAGAUGUACAACGAGAAGAUUGACUCUCUGAGGAAGGAGAUCGAGGAGGCCGAAAAGUCCCUGGAGAAGUUAACCAAUGAGUGUCGUCACCUGGCCAUGUACCAGACCUCCCUGGAGAACGAGUUGGAGAGGUACAAGAGGAUUAUCGAGAAUGAGGACAACAGGUAACAUUC